AUGGAGUUUGUUCUGAGUGAAAAAGUAAAUCGUAAGCUAGUUAUUAAUGGUUUUAUAUUUGUCAAAGAUGAACAAGUCGACAGCAAAAUAUAUUGGAAAUGUGAAUACUUCCACAAAUAUAAGUGUAGAGCACAAGUUAUAACUGACCGAGAUGGUAUUCAAAAAGGACCCGGAGAACACAAUCAUAUUGAAGACGCUGCCCGACUUGAGGUCACCAAAUUGUGCUAA